AUGAGAAUUUAUACAUUAUACUUGCUAGCAAUAAUCGUUGUUUAGAAUUCAAUAUCCUGGCGCAUACUAAAUUUACCAUCAAUUAAUCCAUUUACUAUUUAAUCAAUAGAAAAUGAGAUGGAUUCCGAUAUUAAUUGUGCUGGAUUCGGAGUUUGGAGUAGAUAUGUGCCACUUAGUAAUGUUGUAUAAAUCGGAGAGAUAGGAAUACUUGAUAGUAGUUGUUUUCAUUUGUUUCGAAUUUAGGAUAAGACAAAUAGUUAAGUAUAUUUUCUGUAAUACGAAUGUGUCAAUUUUGAAUAAAAAACAAUCAAAAAAUAUUUUUAAUUUUUAGGUAGUGAUGGCAGUGAUUUUAUUGAGGAAAUCCAAAUUAAUGAAGAAUCAUAUGAAUAUGUCUGGAAUUUUUAAGGAUUUAUUACAAUUCCUUCAUAAAAACAAGUCACUAUAUAUUAUUAUGAACAAGUUACUUAGAUUUUUUCAAAAUAACUCUAAAUUGAUUACCCUUUUGAAGGAAUUAAUUCUAAUUUAAUUAUAGGAGGAGAUUUCAAAGUAAGCUAGAAUUCACCACUUUAUAAUCUUGAAAAUAGUUUACUUUCGUACUUUCCAGGAAAUUUGGAUUACCUUCUUGAUUGUUUGUUAAAUAAUCCUGACUAUUUCUUAGAAAUAAUUUAAUCAAAUGAAGAAAAUUUCUGUUGGUGUCAAUAAAGUGCAAAAACUGAUAUAGAUGAUGUAAUAAUACAAAAAUAAGAUUUAUUUUAAUUUGUAUCCCAAUAAACUAAUUGUUAAUAGUUUUUAUUAUCAAGUUGGAUAAAAAUUAAAGAAAUUAAUUCAUACUAAGAUGAAUUUGAUUUUUAAUUGUUUAAAUUAUCGGGUAAUUUUUAAAAUCCACAACUGGUUUAAGAAAAUCUAAGUCCAUUUCAGUUAUUUUACAAAAUCUCAAAUUUAGGAAAUUAAAUCAUUUUUAAAACAUAUAGUUAUACAUUCCCAAAUCUAAACAUUGAUUUUUCAAAUAAUCCCUUUCUAAAGACUGAAGUAUUCAACAUAGAUUGUGAUAUCUAAAUAUGGCAUUAUAUCUAAGUAGAAAAAACAGACACUUCUAUUUCGAUUUCAAUAACAUUUUAUUAAGGCUAUGAUUAAAUACAACAUAUUAUGAAUUUAGAAGUAAAACAAUUUAAUAUGGUUUAAUUAAAAUUGCUUUAUGGAAAUAUUUUAUAAUCUAAAUCCUAAUAUUUAAAUAUCUCAAUAAUAGGUUUAUAGUUACUAAACUGUCCAGAUAGCAAUUAACCAAUUAUAAAUUGCCAUCCUACUUGUAAGGAAUGUGAUGGUCCAACUAAAGUAGAUUGUCUAUCAUGUUUUGAAUCAUCAAAUAGAAUAUAUUUACCUGAUUUUAAAGAAUGUAUUUGUGGAUAUGGAACUAUUGAUUAGAACGAUGAAUGUAUUUAUUAUUAAACUUUAAAUUUUAAUAUAAUUUAAGAAAAGCCGUUGAAAGAAGAAUGUCUAUAUGGGUAUUUUGAAUUAAAUGAUGAUUGCUUUUAAUGGUAUUGAUAAAUUAUAUAACAAGCCCAUCAAUAAUCAACAACAAUGUCAUAACAUGUUUGGAAUGUGUAUAAGAUCCUAAACAAUGGAUUCAAACUUUUUUUUGUGAAACAAUAUUACUCACAGAUAAGAAUGGAAACAUUACAAAAUACUUGACAAAUUAAAAUUUGUAAUAUAUUUUAAUAGGAGAUGAUAUAUAAUACUGUCCUAAUUGCAAUUUAAAAUAUCCAUCAUUUGAUUAAAUUGAUCAAGUUGAAUCGAUAUUUAAAUUUAAAAGAUUUUGCCAAUCAUUAGAGAAUGAUUGUUAUUCAUGCUCAGAAGAAUGUUUAAAAUGCUAACUCUAAGGAAUAAAUUUAUAUUGUUAAUAUUUAGAAUCAACAUAUACUUUAUUUUAAUUUAAUUUCUAUGAAUAAAGGUGUGAACCUCCUAGUUUUAUAGAUUUUUAAAAAAAAUGUAUAACCUGUCAAAUACAGCAUUGUUUAUAUUGUUUUAAUUAUUUCGCAAAUGAUCCUACAAAAACUACUUUGGGAUUUUAUCAAAUUUACUCUCUAAUCGAUGAAGAGAUCAAAGUAGGUUGUGCUUAAUGUACUGAAGGAUUCAUUUUUGACUUCCAAAUAGGAUAAUGCAUUUAUUAGAAACCUUAAUAAUAAAAUUGUUUAAGAUCCUAUAUUAAUUUGGAUGAUAAAGAAAUUUGCACAUUGUCUGCAAUUAAUGAUUUUAGUUUUGCUUUCGAAAUAAUCAAUUGUCAAAUAUAUAUUUUAAAUUGUUUAUAAUGCAUCCAAACUCUAUAAUAAACACUAAAAUGUUUAAUCUGUGAUGAUGGUUAUUUAGUAUCAUCCAAAACAGGAAUUUGUAUAAAAUGCCCUAUUGUAACUGCAAAAUAAUGUUUUGAAGAGAAUUCUUUAGAACCUUGGAAAUGGUUAGUUCAAGGUUUUAUAAUUCAAUUCUUACCUAAUAGACCUAUUUUUACUGGUUUUGUAUAUAGACCAAAGUUAUCAAUAACUUAAUGCAUACAAGAAUAUGAAAUAAUAGGCAAUUCAUGCCAAAAAUACUGCGAUAAAACUUGUUCUGUUUGUGAACCUGAUAAUAUUAAAAAAUAGUUUUUUUGUUCUAAGUGUAAAUUAAAUUACUUCAAAGAGCCUAAGAGAGUAUAAGCCGAUGGAAAAUGUAUUAGUUGUCCUUCCUUAUGUCAAGUUUGUUAAGAGAGACCUAAAGAAGAAAUAAAUGUAAAAUAUUAUAAAUAAAAAAGACAAUAAAUCCAUAUUUUCUGAUAACACCUGAUAAUUUGAUUUUUACUUCAAGAUGCAUUUAGAAAAUCCCUUCUUAGUAAGUUCAAAUUGACCCAAAACUAAAAAUUGCAUAAUUUUGUUAUUAAAAUAGUUGCAACAACAAUUUAGAAUUUAAUUAUGUAUUUUUAAUAUUAUAAUUAGGGCGAUUUUUAUUGCAAUCGCAUGGAUGUCAUCCAAACUGAUUUAGAUCAAUAUUAUAAUUAUCAAUAUUUCAAUGAAAUAGGAGUUAAAUAAUGGACAUUAUCACUUCAAUUAUAGGAAGAUUGUGUAAUAUACAAUUCUGAAUAGUUUAUAGACAAUACUGUUAAAGAAAACAUAUUUUCAAUGUAAUUAACAAGAUUAAAAAUUCAGGGCACAUCAAAUCCUAUCUAAUUGAGAACAGAAAAAUUUUAAUUGUCACUAUUAAAAUUUGAUAAAAUUAUAUUAAAUCAUCUUAUAUUUGAUAUAGAAAGUGAGCUAGCUUUGAUAUUUUAUAAUAGGGGUUUACCUGUAGAUUUAAACUUACUUGAUAUGCAAUUUUAUUCAACCAGAAAUUCUCCAAUUUCAAUGUCCAUAUAAGGAAAGAAUGUCCUUAAUGUAAAUUUUUUAAAUAUCACAAUUUUUAAUAUAACUUUUGAUAAUUAAGUACUUUUUAAUAUUGUUUGUACAGAUUAGAGCGAUUACAUAAUAAUUAAUAAUUUUCACGUUAAGAAUUGUUUAUUUACAAAUUCUACUUUAUUUUAAUUUUAAAAUGCUAGAAGAAGAAUACAAAUAGAAAAUUUAAUUAUUGA